AUGGCACCCACUCCGGUCACCAUCAUUACAGGGUUUCUAGGUGCGGGAAAGACAACUUUGAUCUUGAACCUCAUACCGCAACUCCCAAAGAAUUAUAAACUUGCCCUGUUAAAAAACGAGUUCGGUGACGUCGCUGUCGACUCCCAACUAGCAGGAUCGGCCUCCAUCUCGGGUGUCCGGGAACUCUUGAAUGGGUGCAUAUGCUGUAAUCUCGUUGGUCAAUUGAGCGAUGCUCUUUUCCAGCUCAAGGACUCAGUCGCACCCAGUAGAAUCAUCAUCGAAACCUCCGGAUCCGCCUUUCCCGCUACGCUUGCUAUGGAAGUUAACCGUGUAUCGCGAGAGCACCCGGGCUCAUUCAACCUCGACGGCGUCAUCAGUGUCAUUGACGUCGAGAACUGGAAGGGCUACGACGACACCAGCUACACGGCCAAGAUGCAGGCCAAAUACACCGAUCUGAUCGUUUUCAACAAGUGGGAGCUCGUCGAUGAGCGCAUGUUUGAAGAUGCCCUGGACCGUGUCGGCGAUCUAGACGUCCAAGUCGCUUGGGUCAAGAGUCAAAAGGGCUGGGUUGAUGUUGAAGUCAUCAUGGGUAUCGACGGAGCAAUGGUUCGCGACGAAGGGUUAAGAGGAGCGAUCGAGUUCAACGAAGAACACGCUCACGGAGAUCACCACCACCAUCACCAAGAAGAAGUCGAGGUUCUGAGUGUUGUGGUGACGAAUGAGGACAUGACCAAACCACCUCAGGGUGUUGUCCUUGAGUCCUUCGAGGACCUGCUGCUUUCUGCCCCUAAAGACGAAGUCUAUCGCAUCAAAGGGCUUGUGCUUUCCUCAAAACCACCACCUGAUUCUACAGGCGAUCGAAAACCCAGCAUCGCAGUCGACUCAGAGGGCCAAAGUCUGUAUGUCUUGAAUUGGGCAUUUGGCCGGUGGACAUACACGCCCCUUCCCAGCGCGGCCUUUAAGGCCAUGGAAAAGGCCAGUGCUCGGUUGACCUUCAUUCUUGCCAGAGGGGAGGCGAGCAAGUGGACCCGACGACUUCAAAAAGGAGACUUUAUCGCCCUCGAGGGAGAGGAAGGGAAGGAAGAGAAGGGCGUCCUGAAAAUUGACAAGAUAGGGUGA